AUGGACUUUGCUGAAUCUAUAAGGGAUAGAUACAGGUCAUCAUGGGACAAAAUCCGACCUCUGAUACACAAUCCUAAAACUAGCAUUCCCAUCCGAGAAGAAAAAGGGUCAAUUAGCUGCAGAAGCAUCAGAGAAGACAAUAAUAUAAAUUCCGGUUUUGAGUCCCCAAAGCUGAAUUAUUCUAGAUCUGUUGCAAAUUGCAUUAGAGGUCUUAACGAAAAGACCACAGAACUCCUUAAAGAAAACCAAAUCUUAAAAAAGGAUAACGAAAAUCUAAAGGCAAGCUAUCUAAAAGAAAAAGAGGAACUCUUAAAAACAAUUGAUGAAAAACAAAAGGCUGCUUGGAUAGAAGAAAAUAAUAUCAAAGAAAAAAUAAGGGAUUUAGAUGAAUUUUCUAGAAAUUUUCAAAUUAAAACAAAUCAGCUUGAACAUGAGCUCGAAAAUGCUCGGCAUGAAUGCGCUUUAAAAGAUAGCGAAAUUCAUAAAUUAAAUACCAUACUACAAACAAGAGAAAAAGAAAUAGUUGAGCUUAAAGAAGAGAGAAUGAAACUAAAAGAAACUUCAAAGGAGGAGCUUGACCAUGCCAAAGCGAUCAUCACGAAACUCCAAAGUGAAAUUAAAUUCCAAAAAUCUGACAAAAAAAAAUUAAAAGAAAUUUAUGCAGAGCAGCAGGCUAGAGAUAUAGAAAAAGAAACUGUAAGAUGGCAAGAAUCCACAAGUAAAAUAGAAAAUGAACUAUAUUAUAUUUUUAUAUAAAUAAAAAAAUAUUUAAAAAUUAUGCUAUAUAGGAUUGAAAUCUCUUUAUGUAGGCAUUUAAGAAUUAAAGAAUAAUUAAAUUAAGAGAUGAAAAUUCAAAUUUGAAAGCUAAAAUAACUGAGCUUGAAGAUAAUAAAGCAUCGCUUAUUGAACAAAAGUAAAAUUCAUAUAGCGCUCAAUCAGAAAUCUUUGUAAAAGAAAUCGCUGAUAUCAAUGAAAAAUUAUUAGCCGUUAUUAGAAAGAAAAAUAAGUCAAGAAGGCCAACAAUGAGCAAAACUAAUAGUCGAGUGUUUGCAAAUAAUAAAGAGUUCACACCAGAUUUAGGCGAAAAAUAUUCAUCAUUCCCUGCACAAAGGCGUGGAGAUUCACAAAUUGUGGAAGCUUCGAUGCUUGAAAAUGAUUUAAAAAUUUUAAAUGAUAGAUAUAAAGAUUUGCUAAGGAUGGGAAGAGAAGGGAAAGAAGAUAUGAGUGUGCUGGGAGUAGAAUUAAAUUCUGUAGCUGCUGCUUUGGAAGCCAAAACUAAUCAUCUGCACUCACUAAAAUCAGUGAUCUCAGAUAAAAUGUCUUACUCCCCCCCCCCCCCUCCGUGAGUGAACAAAAAAAAUUUUGUUCACUCACGGAGGGGGGUUAAUUUUUUUUUUUUUUAAAAAAUUUUAUAUAUAAAUUUUAUAGAAAUGUUUUUUUUUUUCGAAAUUUAAAAAAAUCCUAAUUUGCAAAAUUUGGGAAGCAAAUAUUAAUUUAAUUUGCAAAAUUUAUGUUUUAAAACGCAAUUUGUUUUAAAAUUAAACAGAAUUAGCUCUAGAUUUCAUUAUACUAAUUAUCACUUAUAUAUCAAAAUUUUUUUCCAUUAAAUUUUUUUCUAUUAAAAAAAAUUUUUGUUCACUCACGGAGGGUGGGUUUUUGGUCAAAAAAUGACGAUUUUUCGAAUGGUUUUGUUCACUCACGGAGGGGGGGAGUUAA